ACAACGUGUUUCUUGAAUUACGACGGAGUAAACAGAAACGUGCCUUCUGUUAUAUUCGUGCAUUUAAACUCUUAGAAGCUAUAAGCUUCCCGUUCAGGUUAGUCGGAGAAAUCUUUAUUUUGCCGUAUUUCAUGCAUCACUAGUUACUGUUUGAAGUGCAGUGCAAACAGAAUGUUACCGAACGGUUUGUUUUGUGUGGUCCUGCGGCAAUGCUGUUUAUCAUAAAGUGUGACCUGUUUGAUUGGUUAUGUCUGUUUGAUUAAAACAUAGCCUUUACAUACAUUUGUGCAGUAUAUGAUUACACUGAACAGGUUGAAAAGAGGAAGCUGCAGAAGAUAGCUAUAACGAAGUAAUGAGCAAUGGUUGUUUGUAUUUGUCACUUAAUACAGAACUAAGUAGAAUUUCGAGAUAGCAAACACAGCACCGGUGGUUUUGAAAACUGCGUUUUUAUAUUGUAUUAUAUAGUUUCAAUUAAGAGAUGGAAACUCCUAAAGUUGAAAGAAAUCCUAAGAUAGUUUAUGUCACAACUAAAACCGGUGAAAAGUAUGCGAUGCCAUCCCAUGCAAGUCAGCAAUGUUACGACGAUGCUGUUGGGUUUCCGUUUGACCAGGAUGACGUCAUUAUCGCUAGUUACCCAAAGAGCGGCACCACGUGGACACUGAAUAUCGUAAGGUUAAUAUGCGGGAUGGAAAUCAAACCUGGUUCGAUUAUUGAAAGCGAGUUUCCCUUUCUCGAGUCUAGCACAAGAAAACGCCUGGAUGAACAUAAAUCAACCCAUAAACCUGCGUUCUAUCACACCCAUAUUCCAUGCGACCACUUUGAGUUAAACGAGAAGACGAAGUAUAUUUGGGUGUUACGAAAUCCCAAAGACGUAUGCGUGUCUUUUUACCAUCACACCAAACUAUUCAGCAACCUCUAUGAAUACGAUCACGGUACUUUCGAUCAUUAUUUCAAGUUGUUUGCAUCCGGGAAAACAGAUUACGACAGUUAUUUCGGUCACGUAAAAAAAUGGUCAGAGCACGCUAAUGACAAGAAUGUACUAUUAUUAUUGUAUGAAGACAUGAAGGUGGACACAAGAUCAGCCAUCAAACAAAUUGCUAACUUUCUUGGUAAAACUUACGCGGCCAGGGUCAGCAACCCGGUUACUAUGGAGACUAUCUUUGAAAAAUGCAGCUUCCGCGAAAUGUCUCAAACAAUGGAUCAAUUUUCGACAGUUAUAAAAGACGGCAAGUGUCCAGUUAUACGACGGGGAGUUGUAGGAGAUUGGAGAAGUCUAAUGACAAGAGAACAAGCUGAAAUUAUUGACCGAAUGACUACUGAGCACGGACUUCAACAUUACUGGAAAAACUAUGAGGAUAUUGUUUAAAUCAAAGAAAUUUUUAUGAAUUUGUUA